GCACUUUGUGCUGAUACAAGCACCAGCCGCGGGGCGGGAAGUCGCUGCCCAGCUGGAGGAAGCGGCCGGGGCCGAGCCCGGCGAUGGCUGCAGUGGGGCCGGCGCAGCUCCAGGUGGCGUUUGAGGACGUCGCUCUGUAUUUCACCCGGGAGGAGUGGGAGCUCUUAUCCCAGCCAGAGAAACAGCUGUACCGGGACCAGAUGCUGAGGAAUUACUGGACUCUCGUUUCCCUGGGCUCUUCAGGUUCCAAACCAGACUUAAUCCACCGGAUCGAGCUAGGGGAGGCAGAACUCUGGAUCCAGGAUGCUGAGGGCUCCAGGGUAAACUCUGGGCCUGAGAGCCCCUCCUCAGCUCCAGGUGGCGUUCGAGGACGUCGCUCUGUAUUUCACCCGGGAGGAGUGGGAGCUCUUAUCCCAGCCAGAGAAGCAGCUGUACCGGGACCAGAUGCUGAGGAAUUACUGGACUCUCGUUUCCCUGGGCUCUUCAGGUUCCAAACCAGACUUAAUCCACCGGAUCGAGCUAGGUGAGGCAGAACUCUGGAUCCAGGAUGCUGAGGGCUCCAGGGUAAACUCUGGGCCUGAGAGCCCCUCCUCAGGUGAGUCAUAAUAAUCCAGUUCCUUCUGAUUUACACACCUGCUAGCGGAGCGCUCCUUGAUGUACACGGUAAAGGCAGAGCGAGAUUCACUGGCUGGGAACUGUCGGUGGAGAUGUGGCAAUUCUCUCUCAAAGCUUCGCUCUUGUUCCGCCAGCAGUUACUGGGCCAGAGGCAGAAAUCGCUGGUGGAGAGUCUCUGGCUGAGAUAGGCAGGAAGCCAGGCUGGAUGGGCACAAUGAGCCUGUCUGGUCUUGAUAGCUAUGAAUCUUAGAAAUCAUCUCUGCACUGAGACAGGACUAAGUAUUACCUAGUCCAUCCUUGGCAGGUGUCUGUUUAACCUGUUCUUAAAAACCUCCAAUGAUGGAGAUUCCACAGCCUGCCUAGAUAAUUUUGUUCCAGUGCUUAACUACCCUCAGAGGUUGGAAGUAUUUCCUAAUGUCUAACCUCUAUUUCCCUUGCUGCAAUUGAAGCCCAUAAAAUCUUGUCUUGUUCUCUGUGGAUAAGGAGAACAAUUUAUCACCCUCCACUGUAAGAACCUUUUAUGUCCAGGAGGACUGUUGUCAGGGGUUCUCCCCACCCCCACCUUCUCUUCUCCAGACUAAACAAAGCCAUUUUUUUCACUUUCUUCGUAAGUCAUGUUUUCUAGACAUUUAAUCAGUAUUGUUGCUCUCCUCUGACCCUCCCCAAUUUGUCCACAUACUUCCUGAAGUGUGGGGCCCAGAACUGGACACACUAAUGGGCCUAGCCUGUCCUUGUUUUCCUGUGCUUUCUCAUGUAUUUGUAAAAUGCUUUGUUUUUUCCCUUUAUAUUACUAGUUUAGUUUUGUUUUUUGCCUUGGCCUUUCUAAUUUUCUC